AUGGCGCCAUCUGCGACACAACAGGUUCUUCUCAGCCCUGCAGAGCUUUCCUACCUCCAUACAUCUCUUUCCCUCACCCCGCCAAUUCGCCCAGAUGGUCGCGCUCCUAGUCAAUUUCGACCGCUGAUAGCGGAGACUGGCAUAUUACCGGGCACAAAUGGAAGUGCGAGGAUAUGUUUCGCGGACGGUACAGAAGCAAUUGUGGGGAUCAAGGCGGAAAUGGAGAAAUCGGGGACAGGCUAUCAACAGUCAAACAACCUGGAGGAGGAGGAUGCUAGGCAAGGAUCGAAUGACUGGUUGGAGGUUACAGUUGAGGUUCCUGGUCUUAGAGAUGACGACUCGAUGCCCAUUUUCCUGGCUGCGAUGUUGACAGAGGCGUUACUCGCUGAUGGAGAGUUUACGAAGCGGUUAUGGAUUAAUAGGCGGUUCCAUUGGAAGCUAUAUUUGGAUAUUCUCUUGCUCUCACAGGCAUUGUCAUAUCCACUACCAUUACUGUCUCUUACCACACAUCUUGCGCUGCUCUCUACGCGGCUACCAAAGUUGACUUCUGAACUGGACGAAGAUCCACUCUUCGACGAUGAUUGGGAGGCAUCUGUCUACCUGUACCCUCGCAACAGUCAGGCUUCGCAUACUCGUCCACCAGUAACUCUGCUUGUUAUGGCCGUGAAAAACAACAUUAUCUUCGAUCCGAGUAAAGAGGAGCUUGCCGUUGCUGAAGUGGUACUUGCUGUAUCUGUUGGAGAGAGGGCGUCUGGAGAGGUUGACAUGGAAGUCGACUCUAAGAAGACAAGAGAUUUGAGGUUACUAGCAGUCAGGACGAUCGAUCCACCUUCCAGAUUGACGCCACCUGGUAUUCCUAAUGCAUUGAACACGGCUACUGGAGGUACAGCACCAACCAUAGAGCAAGCAGCAAGUCAGAGAGAGAUUACGCAAGAAGAGGGUGUAUGGCAACCACCAAGAGGCGGUGCAAAGCGGAAGCUGAUUGCUGCUUUGAUUCAGAAAGUGUUAGAGCAUGGUGGUGUAGCAGAAGAGGUGUUGGACGGCUUAGACGGCGUUGAGUUGGGCUAG